AUGGAAAGCGAUAAAGAAGAGCAAAUGGAAGAACAUGAUGAUAACUAUGAAGCAGAAGGUGAAGUUGCUGAUGAGUUUGAUAGCGACUUCAGUGACGAUCCUGAGCCUGAUGAAGCGGUAGCAAACGAAAAAGAAUUGAGAGAUUUGCCGAAGAAGUGGCUAAUUUACCCUGGGAAAACUGCUCCAAAGAAAAAGAAGAAGAAUGUGGUUUCGAAGAUAGAAGAUAUUCCUGAAGAUGAGAAGCCAAGUGAAGAAUCGGAAAACAAGGAACAAGACGAAAAUGAAUCACAAGAAGAUAUGGAAGGUGAAAAGGCCAUGAACUCUUUUAAUUUAUGCUUUUAA